AUUAUGGAUAAUAUGAUAAAUAAUAACGCAAAAUUUGUUAAAAUAGAUGAUAAAAUUUAUCUUCAUAGCAUUCAAUGUACUGGAAAUCACAUCAAAAAAUGUGAUCAUUGUAUUAAUUUAUGUAGAAAUAGAUCAUUCACUAGUCGAUUGGAAGCAAUGGGUGUUGUAAGAGAUGUUUUAGAAAUUAUCGAAUCAUCUGAAACUCGUGAAGCAGACUUAGAAGCACUUAAAAAAUUUGUAAAGAGCUGUAAACUUAAUCAUGCAUGGUAUAAUGAAAAAAGAAAACUGUUAGCUGCAAAGGUCAGUUUAAAAAUUGAAGGUAUUACUUCAUUAUUAAAUCUGAAAAAAAACUUUUGGCGAUUGGAAUUACUGUUUCAGAAACAAAUCAAAUUUCAGAAUAUGGUUCCUUUUUCCAAUCAUUUCAUAAACUUUACAAAGAAUAUCCUAAACAAAAUGAAACUCUACUACAUGCAAUGCAGUCUUGUCUAAUUUCAAAAGCAAGUGGUAUGACGAAUGAAAAAUUUCAAAUUGUGAUGUUAGAUUUUUUUUUUUUAAUGCUUCAAACAUUUGGUAAAUGUGUUUAUAGAUUUGUUACUGCAAAUCUCCCUAGUGUUUCCUUGAGACAUAUACAACGCGUCACUGCAAAAACAUCAAAUAGUUUUAUUCUUGAUGUUUCUUUAGAUGGCCUUAACAAAAGAUUAGAUAAAAUUUAUGAAAUAAUGCCUGGUACCAAUAAACUAAUUGUGUCUGUAUCUAUGGAUGCUACCAAAGUAAUUCCAGCCUUUUUAACUUGUGUAAAGUUUAAUUGUAUUGUGGGAAAGGUUGCGCUAAAUCAUAUACUAAAAAUAAAUGAUGAAACACUUAAUGGUAUUGACAGUGCAAUAGAUCUAGCAACAGAAGUUAAAGCAGUUGUUAUAAUGAUUCACAACUGUCCUGAAGGAACAACACCAAUUAAACUUCUAUGUAUUCAUCCCCAAAGUACAAAUGAAAGUAAUUAUACAUUCAAUAAUCACAUUUAUGAUGUUUUAACAAGACCCAAAUUUCGAAGUUGUUUCAUUUUACACAGAUGGUGUAUCAUACGAAAGUAAAUGGAUAACAAAGAUUUUAUUAUCAUUUCUUGAUUAAAAAACAAAUGAAGUUGCUUUUAUAGACGAUAAUCAUGUUGCAAAAGCUAUAAGAAAUCAAAUUUUGUCUGGGACCGAGUUAAAAACAAUUGGAUUGUAUCUGAUUCAACGUGGAAUAUUUGCACACGCAAGUUUAAAUAUAUCUAGAGAUUUAUAUGAAGUUAAAGACUUUGCAUCUGAUGCCUUGGUGUUAGGAAUUUGUGACCCUAAAUUAAUAAAAAGAUAAUAGAAGCAGAUUUUAACAGUCAUGCAAUUUCAAAGCAAUCACAGUACAUACUUUCUUUAACGUUAGUAUUUCUUAGACUUUUUCUUAUUUCAUCAAAUGCUGACGAUAUUGAUUUUUAAUUAAGAAUUGCUUUUAAGUGGUGCUCAAUGAUUUGGUUUUUAUCAAUUGAAGGUAUUCACUUUAUAACUUUAAAGAACAUUAUUGCAAAUGCAAUAGGGUCUAUCUUUUUGUACCCACAGGAGCGAAUUAAAUGCCCUAGAUAUUGUACUGAAGAGCCUUGUGAGCAUUAUUUUGGUUGUACUAGACAAUUUGAAAGAGAAUUCACAAUUCGUGGUUUUAUUCAGUAUGAUGAUAGAAUAAAUCAAUUUUUUUCAUCUGCUUUUAGAUCUGCAUUAAACACUGGAGGGAAUUCGUCAAAAGCUUAUGCCAGUACUUUAACUGGCUUUGUUGCAUCUGUAACUGCAAUUCUAGAAAAACAAAAAACAAAGAAAAAAGAAGUUAUCCCUACAUUGAAUUUAUCACCUAAUCAAGAAAAGGUUUUAUUUGACCAAUUUUGUCAUCAAUCAUUUGCUAGUAAACUAUCCAAAAUAGUUUUUCCAAUAAUCAAUGAGUUUUCAAAUCAAAUGAGUGUUUUGCUUAAUACAUGUGGAAUUAAAAAAAACUUUGACUAAAAAAUUUAGUUCUUAUUCAGAUUUAAAGAGCUUCUAUACUUCCUUUAUAGAAAAUAAAAGUAGUCUGAUAAAAGUAAACGUUAAUCCCAACUUGGAUAAGGCUUUAAAUGCUGAUAAUGGCUAUGACACUGAUGUUCAAGAAAAAUUGAUAGAAAUAAUUAAUAAUAGUUUACAAGUAGCAAUUUUAGAAAUUGAAGUAAUUCAUAAUGAACCAGAGAUAAACAAUGUCGAUGAGGUGUUGGUUGAGAUUAACCAAAGCAUCAUUUCUUUUCAGAAAAUGUUCACUCAAAUAUCCCUUAAAGACAUUUGUGAAGAAGGGUUGGCUUCUAUUUCUGAGCAAGCUCAUGUAUCGUUUAAUAAUCACCAAAAAUCUAAAUCAUUAUUACAACGUUGGUAUCAGGGUUGGCAAAAACCCGGGUUUUUGACCAAAAACCCAACCCAGCUGGGUUUUUGGGUGGGUUUUUGAUGGGUUUUUGCUCAAGUUUGGUAUAAAUCUUUAGUAAUCAAAGUUUGAUUAAUUUAUAGUUUAUAAUAUAAAGCUAUUUUUCAUUUUUUACAGGUAUAUUUUCUUAUACAAAAGCUUUACUAAUAAUCAGAUUGCAUUUUUUUAUAAUAUAAAUCUAUUUUUAAAUAGAGUUAUCUUUUUAGUUAAAUUUAAAAUAUAAGUAGAUUAUACGUCUUCAACAUGCCAAAGUAUCAUUCAGGGGGAAGAAAUAAGGCUAGUGAGUGGAAUGAAGUGACCAUAUUAAGUGAUCAACCAAAUAGAGUAAUAUGUAAUUAUUGCAAAGUGAGCAUAAUUAAAAAAAUAGAAAGAGUUAAAAUCCAUUUGGAUAAAUGCAGAAGAAAGAAUAAACGAAGCAAUAAUAAUUCCGCUGAAGUGUUAAGUGAUAUAUCAGUUUUAGAGUCAAGGCCAUCUACAUCUGCAGCAUCAAAUAAGUCUAGCCUGUCUGAUGAUAAUGAGCAAGAUGGUUUAAGCUUUAUUAGUGAUUCUUUUUGUUCGUCAAUUGUUCAGUCAACUGCAAUGACGAUGCAACAGCAAACAUCUAUUUCUAAAUUUGUUACUACAACAACAAGUAAUCAGAAGGAUGAACUGGAUUUACAAGUUGCAAGAUUUUUCUUUUCAGCAAAUAUACCAUUCAACGUAGUAGAAAAUCUUGAAUUUACCAAGCUGCUUAAAAAACUUAGACCUGGAUAUGAGCCACCAAAUAGAAAACAGAUAUCUUCAGAACUCUUAGUAAAGAUAAAUGAAGGUGUAAUCAAUUUAAUGAAAAAUGAUCUUGCUGAUGAUAGUGCUGUUACCCUAAUUCAAGAUGGUUGGAGUACAUUCAGUAAUGAUCCUAUAAUUGCUCAUAGCAUCCAUAGUAAAAAUAAACCUUAUCUCAUUUCUGCAAUUGACACUGGAAGCCAAUCAAAAACAGCAGAAUAUUGCGCUCAAGCUGCUAAGGAUGCAAUUAAAAUUGCUAAAGAAACGUUCAAUAAAGAUGUAUUUGCAGUAUGCACUGACAACGAAAAUAAAAUGUCUAAAAUGAGAAAACAUUUGCAAGCUGAAGCCCCUAAGUUGAUAACAUUUGGUUGCUCUGCUCAUUUUUUAAAUUUGGUUGAAAAGGAUGUCUCUCCAAAGUCUAUAGUAAAGCAUAUUAUAGCAAUUCAUAAAUAUUUUCGUAAUCAUCACCAACCACAUGGUUGGUUAUUGGAAAAAGGUGGACUGAUGCCACAGCUACCUAAUGAUACUCGCUGGAACUCCCAACUAGAUUGUUUACAGACAUACAUAUCUAAUCAUUCUCUGUACGUUGACAUUAGAGGUGAGCAUAUGGAAUCCAUUGAUCCUUCGAUAGGAAGCCUAAUUGACAAUCUAUCAAUACAGAGAGAAGCAAUAAAUUUAUAUGCACAACUGAAAAUUGUUGGUGUUGCAUUAGAUAAGUUGCAAGCAGACGAUACAACUUUGUCUGAAGCAGUUGAGAUUUGGCAAAGCCUCAUACAUAAUGAAAAAUUGGCUUUGUACAAAGAUGAUAUUUUAAAGAGGUUCAAGAAGGCAAUUGUUCCAUGUCAUUUUCUUGCCAAUUUAACAGAUCCAAAAUAUGAAGGAAGAACAUUGGAUAGAAGUCAAGAAAAAGAAGCUGAGGAAUGGUUGAAUGAAGUCUAUCCUGAAUUUAUGCCAGGCUAUUAUGCGUUUAAACUAAAAGAUGCUAAUUGUUUCCCAACAUAUUUAUUCAACGAUAGUGUUAAAAGCACAACAUCAGCAACAAAUUGGUGGAGAAUUAUAGAAAGAAUCUAAGUCUUCCAAAUUGCCUGCAAAUUUUGCAAAAUUUUUACGGCAGUUGCACACUUGUCCAGCUAGUACUGGAUCCAUAGAAAGAUUUUUCUCAUCUUUUGGGAUUAUUUAAAGCAAAAUUAGAAAUCGUUUAGGAAGAGAAAAAGCUGAAAUGCUUGUACGAAUUUACAGAAAUUUAAGAUCAAGAUGCACAAUUGCUGAUGACUUUUAGAUUACUUUGUUUUAAAUGAUUAAGCUUGAAUAUUAUUGCUCCAAGUAAAAUAAAAUUCUUGUUUAUGA